AUGAUUAAGAAAGCAGGCGGUGCCGAGCAAUACAACGCAAAUAAGAAGUACACGGCGGCCGUAGCGGUCGCGGCGGAGGCGUGCGCCGAGGACACGAAGGGCCAGACGUGCUACAUCUGCACGCAGGCCCUCCACUGGAAAACAAAGGAGGGCCUCGUGCGCGGGUGUUCGUGCCGCGGGACGGCGGGGGUCGCGCACGUGUCGUGCUUGACGGAGGAGGCGAAGAUUUUGGUCGCGGAGGGCGAGGAAAACAAUUUGGGGCAAAAGGUGCUGACUGAGAGGUGGGCGCGGUGGUUCUCGUGUAGCAUGUGCAAGCAAGAGUACCAUGGUGUCGUGCGGUGUGCGCUCGGGUGGGCGUGCUGGCGGACGUAUGUGGCUCGGCCGGAGGUGGAGACGGCUCGGCAAUUGGCGAUUGGCGUGCUUGGGAACAGUUUAUCCGAGGCAGGCCACCGCGAGGAGGCGUUGACUGUGGUAGAGGCCGAGUUGUCUAUGAAUCGGCGCGUUGGCGCAUCAGAACGCGAGAUGCUCGCCACGCAGAGCAAUCUUGCGAGCUCGUAUGGAGAGCUUGGACGGCUUGAAGAGGCCCUGGAGAUGUAUCGAGACGUAUACUUUCGAACUUUAAAACUUCUUGGAGAAGAACACAAAGACACUCUUUUAGAAGCCAACAACUACGCGCAUUGCCUUCUCAGUCUACGGCGCUUCGACCAAGCCAGGCCGCUGCUGCUCAAAACGUUGGCCGUGGCGCAACGCGCUCUCGACAAUGGUUAUGAAACCACGCUCAGGUUGAGUUGGCAUUACGCGCGGGCGCUCUACGAGAACACCAGCGCCACGCUCGACGAGCUUCGCGAGGGCGUGACAACGCUCGAGGAGACGACACAGACCGCGCGGCGCGUGCUCGGUGGCGCGCAUCCGCUCACAGAGAGCAUUGAGCUAUCCCUGCGAGACUCGCGAGCCGCGCUCGCCGCCCGCGAGGCGCCGGCCCGCCUCGGGGGCCUCGCGCUGUAA